GGCGAGCCUGUUUCAUGCGAGCGACGGCCGCGCUUCGGGACCGUGCAACGGUCCUCACAACGCGAAUCGAAGAAAUCAUUUAAACUAACUUUCCCUGAUAAGUGUUUUUUUUAAAAGAAAGGUGCUGGUCUCAGUUUUCGUCGAGUGGUUUUCUACGCUGUGGAGUGCUUUGGACAGUGAAAUAUGGAGGUGGAUAUGGUUCCGUUCAUAUUCGGGAGUUUCACGCGAAAGAAUAAGACGGUCUCGGAGGACAGCGGCUCGUCCAAGAGGAGGUCCUCGGAAAAUGAGACGGAACAAACGACCACACUGUCGUCAAGAAAAGCUAAAUACAGGCAGUUCAGAAUUGAAAAUGGGAAGAUGCAGUGUGACGUAUGCAACCAAGAAUAUAUGCAGCCCCGGACUUUACCUUGUCUCCACACAUUUUGCACAAAUUGUCUUAUCAGACUCACCGUUCUAUCGCAGACAUCAUCUCAACAAGUUUCUGGCAGUGAAAAUCCAGGGACAAUGGAAUCAAAUCAGGAGAGUGAAAAAUCCAGCAGAUAUGGAAGUGGAAGCGGCAACCAAAACGAUGGCUCAAACGGCUCUGGGUCAGGCUACGACAGCGAGCAGGGCAGUAACUACUCGGCUGAAAACCCGCAUAGAAAAGCGCACAUUACCUGCCCAACAUGUGGGUACGAGUGCAAACUGUCUGCCGAUGGAGUUUUCGCUCUUCCGCUGCACGGACUUCUUCAGAGUCGGAUCUUGGCCCAACAGGAGGACAUCGCUAUCGAACUUUGCCAAGCAGAUGCCGUGGAAACGUGUCAUAUUCACCCUGGAAGAGAGCUGAUCAUGUUCUGCACCCGGUGCAACCAGCUAGCGUGCCGCGACUGCUGGAUCCUCAUUCACCGCGGCCACUCCUGCGACACGGUCAACCACUUCAUGACCGUCUCCAUUCCCAGAAUCAACGAGGCCAUCAUGAAAACCAAAACAGUUCACAAGGAGGUCGCACUCAGCCUUAGCAGGCUCCAGAGCCUCGAGGAAAGAAUACAGAGGAGGUGCAAAGAGGUGGAGGCGGAGGUGGACCGAUGGGUGACGUCGUACAAACGGGCCAUCGACGAGCACCGCGUGAACCUCCUGCGAGAGGUAGCGCAGAUCCGACAGGCGAAACUGGAGCAGGUCCAGACGCAGAAAGAGGGGCUGGCCGGACGAGCCGCCCACGUCAGCCAGGCCGUUGCCUUCACUCAGGACCUCCUCGCUGAGGCUUCGGACACAGAGGUUGUAAUGAUGCUGAGUACAGUGCUGAAUCGCCUGGACUGGUGCGUGAAAAAUACGCCGAGUGGACCGAGUUUCCGCGUAUCCGACUGUAUUCAGUUCCUUCCCGAGGAGAGAGCAUGCGUCAUACGCUCUCACACAAUUUAUGGUGUUGUGACCACACAAGCCGUAUCACCUUAUCAUUGCAUCAUUGAGGCAGACGGGUUCACACGCUGCAGGCAACACAAACUGUGCAAACUGGUUCUAGUCAGUAGAGACAGUGACAAACAGCCCAUCUGUCACGGAGGAGCCGUUGUCACGGCUAAACUGAAGUAUGCCGAUGCGACAGGCAGAUCGAUCCCUGUCGACGUCCAAGAUGCUGGUGACGGAACAUACAUUCUGUCUUUCACCCCUGACGCGUCCGGCACUCUCCGUCUGUCAGUUACUGUGCAAGACAAAUACAUCCAGGGAAGCCCGUUCACGGUGAAUGUGCAAACUGUAAAACCUCACACUGGUGUCUUUCAUUGCUGUAGUUUCUGCUCCAGUCAUGGUAGCAAGCAAGUUUCUUGUGGUUGUGGUGGGCGAAUGUCAGGUUAUAAAGGAUGCGGACACGGGCACCCAGGUCACCCCGGGCGUCGACAUUGGUCGUGUUGCGGAAAUAUUCUCCACAACUCUGAAUGCUCUCUCUACACGUCCGUUUUUUCUACCUCGUCAAUCAACUGUAGCGAGGUGCCUGUUAAAUAAACGAUUGAACCUAUA